ACAUGGUUUCCAAACCUUUGCUAUAUUCUAUUCUAAGUUCUAGUUAUUAUCCUCUGACUCUGACUCUGACCUGGGCUUUUCUUUUUAUUCUCUCUCUCUCUCUCUCUCUCUCUGCGCGCGCGUCGGCUGCCAGAGGAGACUGAGAGAAUUUCUUUUCCAGUUUAUUCCUCUCCAACUUUUUUUUUUUUUUUUUUUCUGGGAAACUGGGUUUUGGGUUUCCCCCCUCCCUUCCUGAUCUCUAAACUGAGGAUCCCAUUUUGUUCCUUUGCAUAUCGAUGCCAUUAACUACCGGUCAACUCAAUUUGGUGCUGAGAAAGUGAAGUCAGAGAAGGCUUCAACCGAAUUCCAAAAAAAAAAAAAAAUGGGGAAAAGAAGAGCAAGAAGUUUUGAUCUGAAUGAGGCUCUGGAAUUCUUGAACCAUUUAUUUGUGGACAAGUCUCUUCUACCGUUCAUAAUUCCUUUGAUAUUAGUCGGAUGGGUUAUUGAGAAAUGGGUUUUUACCUUCUCCAACUGGGUUCCGCUUGGGGUCGCCGUUUGGGCUACUAUUCAGUACGGGAGUUAUCAACGCCGAAUCCUUGCGGAGGACUUGAAUAGGAAAUGGAAGCAAGUCAUACUCCACACUGCGCCAGUAACACCAUUGGAGCACUGUGAAUGGCUGAACAAGUUGUUAAUGGAUAUUUGGCCCAACUACAUUAACCCAAAGCUUUGCUUGAGGUUCUCAUCAAUUGUUGAGAAACGCUUGAAGCAUCGAAAACCAAGGCUUAUUGAAAGAAUUGAAUUGCAAGGUUUUUCACUAGGUUCAUGCCCUCCUGUCUUGGGGCUUAAUGGUACUCGGUGGUCAACUUCAGGUGAUCAGCGAAUCAUGCGUAUGGGGUUUGAUUGGGAUUCUACGGAUGUAAAUAUUUUGCUGUUUGCUAAGUUGGCAAAGCCUUUAAUGGGAACUGCCCGAAUUGUCGUAAACAGCAUCCACAUCAAGGGUGAACUUCUCUUGAUGCCAGUUCUGGAUGGAAAAGCAAUUUUGUACUCAUUUUUAUCCACUCCUGAGGUGAGAAUAGGCGUUGCGUUUGGUAGUGGAGGAAGUCAAUCUCUACCUGCAACAGAACUGCCUGGUGUUUCCUCAUGGCUGGUUAAACUUUCAACUGACACCUUAGUCAAGACAAUGGUUGAACCUCGCCGCCGCUGUCUAUCUCUGCCAUCUGUAGACUUGAGGAAAAAGGCUGUCGGUGGUGUAAUUUACGUGACUGUCAUUUCAGCAAGCAAACUUUCCAAGAGUAACUUGAAGGGAAGCCUUUCUAAAAGACAACAUACUUCUACAAUGGAUGGUAGGUUAGAAGAGUGCCGUGAUAACAAAGAUAUGCUUACAUUUGUGGAGGUUGAACUUGGGGAACUAACCAGGAAGACGAAUGUCAAACCCGGAUCAAGCCCUAAAUGGGACUCAAUGUUCAAUAUGGUUUUACACGAAGAUACAGGCAUUCUGCGAUUCCAUCUUUAUGAGUGUACCCCAGGGAGUGUGAAGUAUGACUAUCUAACAAGCUGUGAAAUUAAGGUGAAAUAUGUUGCAGAUGAUUCCACGAUGUUUUGGGCAAUAGGACCUGAUUCUAGUGUGAUAGCAAAGCAUGCUAAUGAAGUUGAAAUGGUUGUUCCUUUCGAGGGUGCUAAUUCAGGAAACUUGACUGUGAAACUUGUCUUGAAAGAAUGGCAGUUCUCUGAUGGUUCACAUAGCUUGAACAGUUUCCGUCUCAGCUAUCGGCCUUCAUUUUAUGGGUCAUCAAAUUUUCCAACUGGAACUGGAAGGAAAAUUUGUAUUACUGUUGCUGAAGGGAAGGACCUUUUGGUAAAAGACAAAUUUGGAAAGUCUGACCCAUAUGUUAAACUGCAGUAUGGAAAGACGCUCCAGAAAACAAAGGCUGUCCAACAUACUUCAAAUCCUAUCUGGAAUCAGAGGUUUGAGUUUGAUGAGAUAGGAGGAGGUGAAUAUCUUAAGAUAAAAUGCUACAGUGAAGAAACACUGGGGGAUGAAAACAUUGGUAGUGCGCGAGUAAAUUUAGAAGGACUUGCAGAGGGGUCAACGAGGGAUGUAUGGGUUCCGCUUGAAAAAGUAAAUUCCGGAGAACUGCGACUUCUUAUAGAAGCAGUAAGAAUGGAAGAUAAUGAAGUCCCGAAGGGUUCAACCAGUGGUUCAAUUAAUGGAUGGAUUGAACUUGUUCUCAUUGAAGCAAGAGACCUUGUUGCUGCCGAUAUCAGAGGAACAAGUGAUCCAUAUGUGAGGAUACACCACGGAAAGAGGAAAAGAACAACAAAGGUUAUGUAUAAAACUCUGAAUCCUCAGUGGCACCAGACCUUGGAUUUCCCAGAUGAUGGUAGUCCCUUGGAGUUGCAUGUGAAAGACCAUAAUGCUAUCCUUCCAACAUCAAAUAUUGGUGAUUGUGUCGUGGAAUAUCAAAGAUUGCUUCCAAAUCAGACAGCUGACAAGUGGAUACCCCUUCAAGGAGUAAAAAGGGGAGAGAUCCAUAUUCAAAUUACAAGAAAAGUUCCAGAACUAGAGAAGAGACCAAGUUUGGACUCCGAAUCUUCCUCAACCAGAGCACACAAAAUUUCCGGCCAGAUGAAAGAAAUGAUGGUAAAGUUCCAAUCGUUAAUUGAGGAGGGGAAUAUAGAUGUACUCUCCGCAUCCUUGAGCGAGCUGGAAAGCCUCCAUGAUAUGCAAGAUGAGUACGUGGUUCAGCUGGAGACCGAGCAGAUGCUUUUACUGAACAAGAUAAAUGAGCUCGGCCAGGAAAUCUUCAACAUGUCGCCUACCCUCAGCAGAGGAUCUUCCAGCAAUUGAGGCCUUGAUGGAAAUUUCAACAUCAGUUUCCAUUCUUCUCCAAAUGUAAUUUAGUUGCACAAAAGCCAUAUGAUAGAAAGCAUAUAAUAGUGAGAAAUGACGAAUACCUCAUUGCUGCGGCCUGUCAUUCCAAGUAAUGUAAUUAUGCGUAGGGGCGGUUAUAGGUUUUUUACCAGAUGAAAGAAAAAGAUGAGUCGCCUUAUUAUUCUGUGUCUCAGCCAGAAUGGAAAUGAUCCAGGAUGACAGUUUCAUUCUCCAAGCCCUACCCUGGCAGUGUUAAGUGGAAUCCUUCCUUUUCGGGUUCAGGUGAAUUUAAAGGCGGAUGGGGAUUCCAUUUAGUCGCAUACCGCUUAAGAGUUUUUAAUGUAGUGUAAUAGUAAUAACCCCAGUUAGGCGGGAUAUGGACAGGAGUUUUGGGACUGCUCUGUAAACAAUUUCCCUCUAUGAUAUAUCAAUGGGCAACAAAAGGUCGAGGAGUUAAAAAGAAA